AUGUCAGAAACGAUGGCUCAACAACAAAGUACAGAGAACAUACAACAAAGCAGCAACACCGGUUCUAACUCACUUCGACCAAAUUCUUCUCUCUUGAAUUCUGGAUCCGAUGAAGAUGUCAACUCCGUACGUUCCAAAUCCAGGUCGCCAAGGAACAGCACUCUAGAGUAUCCACAGAUGCUCAGUCUCCGCGACCAUUAUCAAAUUGUUCGUGAUUUGGGGAGAGGUACGUAUGGAAAAGUCGUUCAGGCUAUCUGCAAAGAGACAGGAGCGAAUAUUGCUCUUAAGAUAUUGCCGAAGACCACAACAAAAUUAAAGGAAUUUCAAAGAGAGUUAAACAUAAGCUACUAUUUAUCCCCGCACGCAAAUAUAAUUGACAGCUACAAUGUCGCGUUUGAAACUCGAGCCAGUUACGUCUUUGCUUUGGAGUGUGCGCCCUUUGGCGACCUCUUUGAUUCUAUCCCGCCACAAGUUGGUAUGUCGGAAGAGGACACAAAAACAGUGAUCCGACAAGUAACUUCUGCUCUGGAAUUUAUGCACAGCAAGAAACUAGUUCAUCGAGAUAUCAAACCAGAGAAUAUUCUAGUCAUGGCUCCAGAUUUUUCUAAAGUCAAACUCAUGGACUUUGGCAUGACCAGAAGAGACGGUGCCACAGUUCGUAAAACAAACGGCAGCAUUCCAUACACCCCUCCAGAAGUUUGCGAAGCUGUCAGAAACGAAACUAUUCUUGUCAACAGUGCUAUAGAUGUUUGGGCUCUGGGCGUACUGUUAUUCUGCAUGCUAACUGGCAACUUUCCCUGGGAAAACGCCGAUACCGGGGACAUCUACUUCAAAGAGUUUAUCCUUUGGCAGAGAAGAAAGACCACCAAAACGCCAUCCCAGUGGAGGAAAUUCACACCCCGUGUCAUGAAAUUCUUCAGAAAAACACUGGACAUUAAACCCAGUCGUCGAAGCUCAGUUAAAGAACUGUCCAAAUACAUUAACGAUUCCUGGUUGCUCCAUCCGACAGACAUCAGUGUCCAUGAGACAGAUUCGGGGACAGAAGCUGAACAAAUUGACCAUCUGUCCAUAAUGCUCAGAGAUCAUGGGAUCGAUACUCGAGUUGACAAGCGAAUUCGGGACCGCAGAAUAUCCGAAUGGUUGCUGUCACUAUGA